UGAGUGCACGUUGCCUGCGAUCAGAAAAGAAACUAACCGUGUCGCUUAUCGAUGUCGCCUUGUUUGUGAAAUCGGUGGAGGCAUCGACAAUCCCCGGACUCCCAGCAAAUGGUACUUCGCUCUUCCGCUACCAAUCGCCAAGGACCGGGGCGUGUCUCCCCAAAUCGCCUCGUUCCGUGUGAAAACUUUGCCGGUUUCGGGUGCAAAGUUACAACCGUCUGCAAACAGCUGAGCGGUGUGGAAUAUGCGACGGUGUGGAAGCUAAUCAGGACCAGUGUUCUUCCUUUUUUUCCCCCAGACUGAAUUAAAUCAUCAAAUGGAAGGACGGAUAAAUGAUAUGAGCUAGCUAGUAUAUUAACGUACAAUUAGCGAGUUAGAAUAUAACGUUAUACAUAGCUGUUGUUUUUUGACUGGUCGGGGUUCGUGACGGUUUCCAGCUAACGUUAGCUAACCAGUUUAUUCAACCCCUAGGUGGUAAAAUGGCUUGCGAGCCCAACUUUGUUCGGCUGCUAUGCAUGCUCACGCUGACUUUUGGGUUUUUCAUUGUGGAGGUGGUAGUCAGUCGAAUUACGUCGUCCUUGGCAAUGUUGUCGGACUCGUUUCACAUGCUCUCGGACGUUAUAGCGCUGAUUGUCGCUUUGGUGGCCGUCCGCUUCGCGGAGAAGACACAGUCGACCAACAAAAACACCUUCGGAUGGAUCCGGGCGGAGGUGAUGGGUGCCCUGGUAAACGCCGUGUUUCUCACGGCUCUGUGCUUCACCAUCGUCCUGGAGGCCAUCGAGCGCUUCACCGAGCCCCACGAAAUCGAGCAACCCCUGGUCGUGAUCGGGGUUGGGGCGGCGGGGCUGCUCGUUAACCUGCUCGGGCUGUGCUUGUUCCACGGACACGGGGGUGGCGGACACGGACAUUCUCACGGAGGCCACUCGCACGGGAAUAAAAAGAACAAGAGGAAUAAAUUGUGUAAAUCGGACCGGCCGUCCGGCAACGGGUCAUCCGGCGAGGAGACCAACAAUCUGGUGGGGAACUGCAGCAGCAGCCCGAACGGUGUCGGCACCGACAGCAGACCUCGGCAUGGAGCCCGGCACGAGGUUCAGCGCAGUGACAGUGUGGAGGUGCAGAUGAACGGGAGCGCUAGCGCCCCCUACGAGGACCUGGACGGCGGCGCGUCCCAGCUCAACAUGCGCGGCGUGUUCCUGCACGUGCUGGGAGACGCGCUGGGCUCCGUCAUCGUGGUGGUCAACGCCCUCAUCUUCACCUUCGUCUGGCAGCCCUGCGAUCCGGUCCUGCCCUGCAUCAACCCCUGCGUCAACAGCCACUGCACCGACCACCAGCACCUCAACCACACGCUGGUGGGCCUGCCGGGGAACGGCAGCGCGGACGGGGUCCGCCUGGGCCGGGCGGGGCCCUGCUGGGUGCUGUACCUGGACCCCACGCUGUGCGUGAUCAUGGUGCUGAUCCUGCUCUACACCACCUACCCGCUGCUGAAGGAGUCCGCGCUCAUCCUGCUGCAGACCGUGCCCAAGCAGAUCGACGUGCACCAGCUGAGCGAGUGCCUGAGGGGCGUGGAGGGCGUGCUGGCCGUGCACGAGCUGCACAUCUGGCAGCUGGCGGGCAGCCGCAUCAUCGCCACGGCGCACAUCAAGUGCCAGGACCCGGCGUCCUACAUGGACGUGGCCAAGCGCAUCAAGGGCUUCUUCCACGACCAGGGCAUCCACGCCACCACCAUCCAGCCCGAGUUCGCCACCGUCAACUCCGACUCGCGCAUCUCGCUGUGCGAGCUGUCCUGCCGGACGCAGUGCGCGCCCAAACUGUGCUGCGGGGCGGCCGACAAGGCCGGCGUCGGCGCGGCGACCGCCCCCGUCGGCACGGCGACCGAGCCCGCCGUCGCCCCCGGCGACGGGAGGAGCGCCCCCCUGCAGGUCAUCUGCGAGGCCACGGGGGCGGAGCCACGGCCGGACGCUGAGCUGCCCUACUCCAGGGAGGUGGAGUCAUCUCUGUGAGGGGCGGGGCCUGGCUGUGUAGCCCCUCCCACAUACAUAACCCCCCCCCCCCCCGGCUCUGGCCACGCCCACUGCAGUUCUGUCACAGCAUCAUGAUCGUCUCUGAUUGGUCACUUCGUAUCUUCAGCUCACUCUUGCUGUCAGAGCUGGCCGCAAACUGUGUGUGUGUGCGCGCGCGUGCGCGUGUGUGCAGCAUCAUACAGGACACGGGCUGUAAUCUCAGUAAUGAAGAGAGGGCAACAAAGUGGAACCACACACACACAUGCACGCACACGCACUCACACACACGCACACACGCACUCACACGCACACACACGCACUCACACACACACGCACAUGCAUGCACACGCACACACACGCACACACACGCACACAAACGCACACGCACACAAACGCACACGCACACGCACACGCACACACACGCACUCACACGCACACGCAUGCACACGCACACGCACUCACACACACGCACACGCACUCACACGCGCACACACACACACUCACACACAUACGCACACACACACACACACACACUGCUGGUCGAAGCACACAUGCUGGUUUCAUGAACAUUAUAAAAGCGAUGCCUUUCCCCUGAUAUAUUUCUUUUUUUUUCCUUUUUUUUUGCUUUGCACAAUAUCAGCCCUCCUGCCCCCAAUUUAAAAUUAUUUUAUUAAAAAAAGAAGAAAUAAUUUAUGUAUUUAAGUUGUUUGUCAGUAUCUUUAUCUAAUACCUGCUUUUUUUAAACGCUAAUUUAACAUUAAUGCUGCCUCUGAGUGAUGGAAGAGACUAAGCGUCUCUUCAGCACGACUCUAACAGCCUCUAACGUUUCUGUUAGCUCUCGCGUCUCACUACAUAUUUACAGCGUUUCGUAGAGAUUGUGGCUACGUCUUUUUUUCUUUUUUUUUCUUAGAUUACUCAAAAAGGCCAAAACUCAUUUGCUGCCAGUUCUGUGCAUUAGCGCCCGGUUCUGUGCGUUAGCGCCUGGUUCUGUGCGUUAGAGCCCGGUUCUGUGCGUUAGCGCCUGGUUCUGUGCGUUAGCGCCUGGUUCUGUGCGUUAGCGCCCGGUUCUGUGGUUCUGUGCGUUAGAGCCCGGUUCUGUACGUUAGCGCCCGGUUCUGUGCGUUAGCGCCUGGUUCUGUGCGUUAGCGCCUGGUUCUGUGCGUUAGCGCCUGGUUCUGUGCGUUAGCGCCUGGUUCUGUGCGUUAGCGCCCGGUUCUGUGGUUCUGUGCAUUAGCGCCCGGUUCUGUACGUUAGCGCCCGGUUCUGUGCGUUAGCGCCUGGUUCUGUGCGUUAGAGCCCGGUUCUGUGCGUUAGCGCCUGGUUCUGUGCGUUAGCGCCCGGUUCUGUGGUUCUGUGCGUUAGCGCCCGGUUCUGUACGUUAGCGCCCGGUUCUGUGCGUUAGCGCCUGGUUCUGUGCGUUAGAGCCCGGUUCUGUACGUUAGCGCCUGGUUCUGUGCGUUAGCGCCUGGUUCUGUGCGUUAGCGCCCUGUUCUGUGGUUCUGUGCGUUAGCGCCCGGUUCUGUACGUUAGCGCCCGGUUCUGUGCGUUAGCGCCUGGUUCUGUGCGUUAGCGCCUGGUUCUGUGCGUUAGCGCCUGGUUCUGUGCGUUAGCGCCCGGUUCUGUGCGUUAGCGCCCGGUUCUGCGAGUUAGUACCACAGUUCUCUGCGUUCUGUGCAGCUGUCUGUGCGUUUGAUGGUGAAAUACGGGGGGGAACGGGACAGGGGGGCUCUGGCUGUGGAGUUGUCCUCUCGAGGGUGAAUUCUCCCCUGUUCUGGGAAAGAGACAUUCUGCUGCUACUUUGCAUGACCCAGCUGUGUGUGAAUCACUGAACAGAACCCCCCGACACUUUUAAACGCGUAAAACACAGCGCCCGAUUCGCUGCUGAGAUUGGGGUGGGCGGUGCAAUGUGGACAUCAGUCCUGUCGGCCUCUCUGUCUCAGGGGUCCAGGUCGUCUUUGUGGCCCAAAACUCAUCCAUGAGUCUCAACCAUCAUAGCUCCACCUCCCUUUUUUUCUAAAGUGUUUAAAAAAAUGCAAUCUUAAAAAAAAAAAAAAACGUGGUUCACAGAUGCAUUUCAGAUUUCCACGCAGAUUAAAUGUAUGCAAUACAGAUUAACGUUCUGAAAUGAGAGAGAGAGAGAGAGAGAGAGAGAGAGAGAGAGAGAGAGAGAGUGUGUGUGUGUGUGUGUGUGUGUGUGUGUGUGUGUGUGUGUGUGUGUGUGUGUACAUAUACAUACACAUGCUUCUCAGUCACAAAACUCCCUGUUGAAAUCACUUGAUUGGAUUGGAGCCAGAGUUGGGGAACUCGCUGUCUGUGCAAGAUUUAAUUUCAUGUAAUUUUUGGAUUUUUUAUGUACCUGGCAGUUUGAACAGUUGUUUUUUAUGGUAAAUAUUCCUGUAAAAAAAAAAAGAAAAAAAAGAGAAACAGUGUUGUCAUGGUGAAUUAAACGCGGCAGUUCGGAGAACUGCCUGACUCCUGA